UCCAUUUAAUAAGUCAACCUCGUGUCCCAACCUAACGAAAGCUAUCAUGUCUGCGGAGCUAUCGCCGCCCAAGGCCAAGCGUAGAGGCACAAAACGACCGAAUGUAGCUUUCUCUGACGACGACAACGAUACGAACGAUGGCGCUCGGGACUAUCCUCAUUCCCCCAAGAGGGCCCGUAUACACAGUACUGAACCGGAUACUGCGACCGACCAUCACUUACCACAACACUCUCCAGAGUCUUCGCCUAACGUCGGUCGGUCAGAUGUAGCUGCAACGAAGAAGUCUAGGAAAAGGAAACCUAGUGCCCGGUUCGUCGACGAGGAUGAUGACUACGAUGUCAAUAUCGAGGAUGAUGAUGAUGAGCUCCUCAAAACAGCCUCGGCCAUCCCAGAUGGUUUUGAUGAUGACGAAGAGUUCAUUGACGAUGAUGAGGAUGCGCCCGUGAGAGGGAGUAAGAAAGGGAAGACGAAGGGUGCAAAAGCAGCUGGGAAGGGCAAAGGCAAGACGAAAGCAAAGUCAGAGGUGAAAGAGGUCAAGAUGAAGGACGAACGAAAAAUUAUCCCGAAACCGAUACCGUCCGCUGCUCAACCUCCUUCCUCAAAACGGCCCAAGGUCCCAGGCACUGGCGAUGCACCUGGCGGAGGUGAUAGCGCCACCACUCAGCUCAUGAAGGACGAUCACCCUACACAGGCGCCGAAGAAGAAACUUCCUACGAUUAAGAAGAACAAGGAACUUGGAGCUGCUGGGCCUUCCACCCCAUCGGUAGCGAAGUCUACGUCCUCAGCACCGACAGCCCCCAAGGACGAAUUUUCUUUGACCAAUACUCUCACACCGGCUUCUAGAAAGCCGCCACUUGUGAGCGGGGGUGACUUGGAUUUGAGCAAUAGUUCAGUAUAUUCUUCCCUUUUCAAGCCCACGGCUAACACGCCACGUACUGCCUCAAAUCGCGAUGCUGAAAGGCGGAAGGAGCUGAAUAAACUGAGGGAGGAAGCUAGGGCGAAGCGUGAACUAGAAGCAAAUUAUCACUUUGAUUUACAAGGUGACAUGGAGAAGAUAUUACGGUUUGAGGAUCGGUUACGGUCUAUCAGAAGCCCGACCGUCUAUCCAAACGUACUAGGUGCUAAAUGGAAAGAGCAGUGGGAACGGGACAAACGGCAUCGCGUCCAGCCAACAUCAAGGGACGUAGACGGUGGCCGCGAGGAAGGUGAAAUGUGAAGGACAUUCAAGAAUGUUACUGCAUUACGGCUUAAUGCACUGAUAUUCCAUAGAGCCUGCACAUAGUCUGCGAGAGUUUGUCGUACACGACAGUGAACCAACUUGAAACCCAUAUCCAGGUGAUUCAUGGCCCUGGCAGGUAAGUAGAUGCAGCAAUUAGAAUCUCGAGCAUUGCGGGCAUGUCUUCCUAAGUCCCGCAGUGCUGCCGUGCCUUAACUUUCACAAACAGCUUGGCGAGUUGAUUACUAAAGCACUAGAAACCGACAUGAGAAGGGACAAUUCCUAG